GGUGGAAUGUGAUGGUUUGAUCUCAAACGAGGCAGGGAGGGGAAUAUCCGAGAGGAAAAGGACCGACGAAAGUGAUUUAGGGAAAAAAGAGGGGAAACCAAAGCGCAUUCCCACCUCUCUCUCUCCCCCCCCCCUCACCUCCCCCCUGGUCGUCUCUCAAACUCUCUCCGCCUAUGUGAGGAUAUGUGGAUGAACUUGUCCUCGCCGUGUCGGCAGCAGCGAGUCCUACCGUCCGCAUGAGCUCGAGCCGUGUGAAGUUGUGGAUUUACCGUCGCGUUUUCGGGACCCGGCGGUGGAGCAGCUGAGGAUGGAGACUUUGGGAAGAGGAGCUUAACAUGCCACUGACAAAAGGAUGCAUCUAAAAUAUGACAGAUUCGUCUCCUAAACACCACUCUGAGGGAGCUUCAAAGUCUUAAAGUGACAGUCACCAAAAUAAAGACUGACUGCAGAGAGAAAAGAGUAUUUCCCUUAGGACCUAAGGGACUUGAUAUCACUACCACACAAAUGUGGACCUCCCAAAACGUCAUCAAAUAAGUGUAACAACAAAACAAACACAAAAGAUAUAACACGGAAUUUUAUAGCCAUGUCUGAGCAUAAGGACAUGACACAUCGCCACCUGCGGCAUAAGCUACAGAGUCUCGGCCGAAGGCUGGAAGAACUGGAAGAAGCAACCAACAAGCUGCAGAAGUCUGAGGAUGAGCUACUUGACCUGCAGGACAAAAUCAUCCAGGCAGAAGGCAGCAACUCAUCUCUGCUUGGUGAUGUGGAGGUCUUGAGGAAAUGUCUCUUGAAGAUCCAGGGUAAAGAUGAGGAGGUACGCAAAGCUGAGGACCUCUGCCGCACAGUCCGAGAGAAACUGGAAGAAGAGGAAAGCCUUACACAGGAACUAAAGGCCGAGAUUGAGCGUCUACAACGGAGGAUGGCCGAACUGGAGAAACUGGAAGAAGCUUUUGGGAAAAGCAAGUCUGAGUGCAGCCAGCUCUGUCUGAGCCUCAAUGAGGAGAAAAACUUGACCAAGAAGCUCUCGUCUGAGUUGGAGGCCCUCAAAGCACGUUUGAAGGAGGUGGAGGGGUCUGAGACAAAGCUGGACAGAGCAGAGCAGGCUUUGGCAAUUGAGCUUGAGAAGCUCAAAGGAUUCACCCAGACCUUUGUGAGUGAGCGUAAGAGGCUACUAGAGAAACAGAGAGAGGAUGAGAAGAUCAUUCUAAAGCUGACAGAAAAAUUGGAGCAGCAGAAGAACCGCCUUGGCAUGUCGGCAGACCCUGGUCGUACAGAUUUCAUUAAAUCACGUAUUGAGGAUGAGCUUUCAUCCACUGGGCUCCUCACAAGUAAACUGACGGGACGCAAGAAGAGCCUUGACUACUUGAAGAUGGCUGAUGACAAUAUUGGUCUUUUGAACAAAUCUGAGAAUGAGAAGAACAGCGGUCUCGAAGGUUCGCAGGAGGAGGACAACAAAGUAAAGGAGCUGACACAGGAAAUUGAGAGACUGAAGAACCGUCUUAAACAGCUGGAGAUAGUGGAGAAGGAUCUAAAGAGCUCAGAGUCCGAAAAUGGCGAACUUCUUGAGAAGUUCCAGAUGGAACGAAACAAGGCUCGCCAACUAAGCGAGGAGGUGGAACAGCUGAGGACGCAGCUUUGCGGAAAAGGUGGAAUCGGCAGAAAUGGAACCAGUAAUGUGGAUAAACACGGCAAUGGAAGCACUAACAUUUGCCCCAACAGUCCUGCUAAGGUCCUUGAGAAUGGCAAAGCUGAGAAUGAAGAGAUUAUUGUGAAGGGAAGUUUCAGACAGGAGAAGCCCAAGUAUAGGAGUGCUGCAACUGUGUCAGAACCGAGUUCCCCCAAACACAGGAACAGGGAGCUCUCUCCUCAGCAUAAGAGAGAGACCAAGCUAAGGAGCAAAGACCUGAGUCACUCAGAGGAGAGCUCUCCUAAGUCUGUAAGAAGAGCCCUCAGUCCUGCACACAAAAGUAGAAGGACACCCAAAACCCCAACUACUGCAAUUACAUCUGAUAAUGGAAUAAAAGACACAGGACGAGGAACUGAAGAAAAGACAAGAGGAGCCACUCUCUGCCCUGUAAACACACCUUCUAGUGAUAUUAAAAAAGCAUCUGUUCUUAGUCGCUACCCUCCAGCAGCUAAUGACCAGAAGCCCCUGAGGACAACUCACAAACAGACUGAUGGGGAGACUAAAAAGAGCAGAGUAGAAAAGUUUUCAAAAUUGUACGUUGGUAGUGAUAGCGAAUCAAACAACUCUGAUGUAGUGCCUGACAGUUCCAGCAACGUCAACAGUAUCUCUGCUUUAGAGAAGGACACAGCGUCUGCUUCAGAUCAGGAAUCAACAGACCAGGUUCAGGAAUCUGUCUCUGUAUCUGUCGCCUCCACCCUGUCCAAAGCCAAUGGAUCCUACACAGCCUACAGAUCCCAAGUCACUCCACUGCCGCCCAACGACCAGGGAUCAGAGGGUCAUUCAUCCGCCUCCGAAACUGAAUCUACUGGUUCAAGGCCCUCUGAACCAGAGCCUGUAACUGAGACGAGUACUGCAACUGUAAGCAGUCGGACUGCAACCUCCAGAUAUCCUAGACACUCCCAUGUCCAUGACUCGCAUUCAGAGGGAUCUUCUACCAGGAGCUCAUUUGACGAAGAGCUCCACAGCAGCAGAACACCGUUAGCUGAGGGAGGCCACCAGGGGCCCACGCAUACUCCAUCAGGGAUUGAAAUCCAGCGAGUGUGCAGCCCACGUGAGGCACUGAGGUCAAAGGCUGUCAUCAAGCCUGCGAUCAUUGAGAUCGACAGGAAGGAGGUGAUGAUUUCAGAACCUUUGUCUACAAAUGGCAAACCCAAAAUCUCUACCAAACCUAUCGUGACCACCACUAGUAAAAUGACCAGUAGUAUAACCAUCUACCCCAAUGACCCAAGCUCUUCUAGAACCAGCAGUCGCAGCAGCAGUGUGUCCAGUGAACCCUUGCCAAUCAAAGAACGUCAUACCUCCACUAGUAACAUCGUCAUAGGCCCCAGCAGUGAGCAUCAUGGCAGCAUCUCCAUCCCGUAUGAGAUCUCCAUUCCCAAGAGUGACAUCACCUUGCGGCCGUGCCGGGACCAGGACUGUGGGGUGGAUGACCACAAUGAUUCUUCAUCAAGGUCCAAACUCCACAACACUUCCAGAGUGGAGACCACCACCAGCCACCUGUGUUGCCAACGUAGCAACUUCAGCACCCAAUCCCCGGACACCACCUCCGCGGACUUUAAUGACACAGAGUCAGGCUUCGAAAGCAGCAGCAGCAGUAGCACCACCACGGUCACCAGCUGGAGACGCCAAAGACAAAACCAGCACUCCCAAGAAGACAGUUUACCAGACAUGAAGAAUGUGACUGUGAGAAGUACCUGGAGAACCCGGGGCACUGCGUCAGUGGAUGAGACAGGCCGGGGAAGAGGGGGUACAAGGAUGUUGACUGAUGGUGGUUCGGAGGAUGAAGCAGAAACUGCAACAACAUGGAGGGCUUACCGGGCAACAACCUUCGAUACAGAAGAAGCGAUAAACAGCGGAACAGGAACUGGUGCGAACGCUGAAGCACAGAAGGGAGCCAAGCCGUCCCCUGCAGAGGUAUACAUGCGCAGAAUCAACAGAGAAGUUGAGGAACCUGGGCUUCGCCGAGGCAAACGCUCACAGUCUCCUACCACGGAGGCAGGAGGCACGGGCAGGAUUAUACCGCACGCACCUGUUACCUCCCAGUCCUGGGGCCGAUCAUACACACAACAACCACAGGCUGCUGAUGGAGAAGAGCCCAGUCAAAACCCGAGCCACAGCCCAGCCUCCUGGCGGCGGCAGCUACCCACCAGUGACUCUCACCACCUGGGGAGCUCUUAUGACCGGGCGUCCAAGACAGCAGGGGCCUCUUCCAGAGGGGAUUUGUGGUCCAGUCGGGGUCAAGGGUCAGGGGCUAGACCCGAGGGGAGGAGUGGAGCGGGGAGCAGACCCUGGAGCCAUCGUCAGUCUGAACAUCAUUAGAACAACAGGGUCUGAGCAGGACUUCUACAGUGAAAGGACAGCACUCAAUUAAUCUCUCAAUGGCACAAGGAGGGCCAAACAUCAGUCUCCCAUCAACUAGUGGCUACACCAUUACCACCAUCUCCAAAAGUCCGCAUCUGCAGCUUUUAUAACAAGCAAAGAAAAGAAAAAAGAAGUUGCAGCCAUAUAGAACAACAAAUCACAGACAUAAGCCUACUUAUUAUGACCCUGAGUGUACCCUGAGACGUCAAUGCUCCUCCUAUCUGGAACUUUCUCUGUCCCAAAAGAGGCAUAAAUGGAAAGACAGUGCCUGUACAGUGUUUUGGAGGUCGUCUCACCAGCCCAUGUAUCCUCUUCUGCUUCUCGCGUUGGAUGUAUUAUAGUGUAAUCUCGAAACUUGACAAGGGAGAGGUUGGCAUGCUGGGGACGACUGGAGAUUUUCCUGCGUGCCAGAGAGGUUUAAAGAGAGUUCGAGGAAGAAGGACUCAAAAGUUGAGAAUGCCUUUCUCAGAGGACCAUUACAGGAGCCGGAUAUGUUGCUUCUGCAUCAACAGUUCUACAUCACUGAAAAAAACAACCCAAUCUUCAGUCAACUGCAGUACAAUGUUUAAGAUGCAUCUUCAUCUCACAGGGCUGGAUCUCCACAUGCAGAAUUCUUCACAAACUAAAGGAAAUUUACCUUAAAUGUGACCAAAAACAGGAAGCGAAUUACUGUCUUUGCUGACUCGUACCAUGAUAUCUAUUUUCUCUUACUCAAUUCAUAUUUGCUUGGACAGCUAUAUGUGCUUUUUUUCUGAUUUUCUCACACAUUUGUACACAAAACCAUAUAAACACAUGCACAAACAACAUGUACAUUUUAAAAUGUUUGGUUUAUUUUUAACCCGUGUCACCACAUUCUGGCAUGCAGCCUCAAACUUGAUUUCAUUUGGGGUCUUUGAUCUUAAGCAAACAUUUGCAUGUUUCUAAGUAAUAACUGAAGAGAGCACUUGAAAUAUUGUGACUCAGCAUGCACGCUGCUUAAAUAAUUGCUGGUUGGCUGCAUUUAAGGAGCACACACGCACACACAUUAUUUCUGACAGACCGGGACCUUAUUUAAGCUUUUUUUUUUUGCCAUUUUCACCACUUAUUUUGAUUCUUUGUAAUUCGCUUCCUGUUCUGCAUUAUCCUUUUCCCUUUCUGCUCAACCAUAUCAAGACAAAAAAAAUGUAGUUUGCACGCAAUGAAAUGCAAUGCACAUGUAGAAAAAAAAAAGAAUAAUGGGGGGCAUGCUACAGUUUCCAUGGUGCUUUGUUUUACAGCUGUUGCAAAUGUCCUCAUUCAUGUAUUUUGAGAGAGCCAUAGCAAAAUGGAGGUUCUGUUUUAACUGAACAUUGGACUUUGGAUUACCAGCAAACCUGGCCUGGCAAGGCGGACUAAUUUUCAGUGCUGCUGUAAAUACUGUGUACAUGCCAGCCAGUCAUAGGAAGACUCAAGACUUCUAACCACAAGGAACUGACAGUCCAGCUUGUGUGUGACUCGGUUCGCCGUGCGAAUCGUCCCAGCUUAUCUCCAUCUCUUAUUUCUAUAGAAGUGUAUUAUUUUGUAACAUCAUAAAAUAUCAACUUGUGGUUGAUAUGUUGGAGCAAUCUGCAGCCACUGCAGCAAUGGGGGUGCCACAGAAACCGAUUUAGUCGUGGCCAGUAAUAAAUAAAAAGGUGUUUUCAUUUAGGUAAAUGGUGCGUAUCUAUGACCGAAACCUCACUGAGAUUGUCAAACCUUUCUGUAAUGUUAGUCUUUCAACAGGCUCCUGCUGGAUUUAGGAUGUGACAUACCACAUUCAUUGGAGUUUGACAGGCAAUGUACACUUUGUUCCUGCUACAAAUGUAUGAAUGUUGCUAUUGAAUGCAGCUGAGAAUGAGCAAUUGCUUGAUGACUUGAUGCACCAAUCCAACACGAUUGCAUUCCUUGUCUUUCUGACAAGAUCAUGUAACCAUAACUGUGACACCUUGGGACACAUGGAUCUGCUGAAGAACUUUUAAAGUCUCCAUCUUGUUCCUUUGCUGUUAUGACUUUCAGUGCUGCGAUGAGUCAGACCCUGCUGGGGAUGGCCUGUUUCAGUCUGAGUACAUUUCUCACUUCUCUUGUAUUCUACCAGCCACAAUCUAAUAUUUAUUAGUCUCCAUAUAUGUACAGGUUCUUUUAUUGUGAAGAGUUCUGCCGGCAGGAGCCUAGUCUGUCGCCGCUUUGUCACUUUAUUGUUUAUGCAAGCAGGAGAUUAUAUGCAAUCAAUAAACUGCCCCCCCCGCCACCCCUCAUGCAAUGUCUGUAACUAUCAAUCAUCAUUAUUGUACAUGCAGAUCAGAGGUGAUGACUGUGUAGUGAUAAGUCCAAACUAAAAUGUUUUCAGAAUUCCAUUGAUUUCCAUUUAUUUUACCCUUUGAUUGAAAUAUCUACAGUUGUUCAUCUGUGCCUUGAGAUGCAGUAAGAGAGGUAGAAUGUCCCAACAAAUUUAGACUUGCACCAUAUUCUUACACUGUGCAGAUAAAUGACAUGCAAUACUAAUUGUGAGGUUCUUUUUUUAACUUUAUAUUUUUGACAUUCAGAGGAUUGUUGUAUGGAACAUCGUAAAAAAGUAUUUUGGUUUAAGGUUCUCAGAGGGAACUCCUCCCUGAGGUAUGUCAAAGCAAGGUUCCCUUAGAAAAAGCUAGUUUUUUUUUCUAACCUAACUUCAAAGUACUAUUUUAAAGAAUAUAGACCGCACCGCCUAAAAAGCUACGUCCCUAGGAUUUGUCUCUGAGUCGCAGGGUGCAGCGCAGCCUCAGAAAGGAUUGCCAUGUGGCCUCUUCAUGGCCACUGCUGGCUUUAUGAUAGAGCAAACACAGACCAGACAUACUGUUCAGAGCUCUUAGUGCACACGCCAAGACUUGAUGAUCAUAUAGCCUUUCUGCGCUUUCUCUGUUAUUGUUUCUACUACCACUCUUCUCAUUUACCAAGAGGGGAUGCCAUCUCUUCCCCAAUCUAUCAUCUUUUCAACCAAUUCCAAUUUUCCUUUUAGUAUUUUAGAGAAGUCAAAUGUUCCUCCUUCCCCCUUUCCUCUCUUCCUCCUUCUUCCUCUGUUUCUCUGCAUCUUCCUUGGAUUCUCAUUUCCUAAAGGGAAAGCCAAGUCCUAAACAGCGGUGAUAUGUGUUGUUGGUUCAGAGAGUUGUUGUUUUGUUGAAGGCCAGAGGCCUGUCACCAGAUAGUGAUGGGCAGCUCCCUGGGUAGCUGAAAGGUCAGAGGUCAGGGCUGCAUCUAAUCCUGUCUCUACGUCUUGACUCAGGGCUUCUAAAUACAGGAGGGAGGAAGACGGACAGCUUGGCAGCAAUGUCCACUUUAGGGAUAAUUAAAACAGAUGAGGGUAUUGAGUGUCCGGUUCUGCCUGUGCUCAUGCUGCCAGAGAUACACGUGGUGCGGUUGUCCAUCUGUGUGUGUUGUUAUUAAUAUGUCAAUGAGGGCUCUCGUGUGUUGUGAGCUGCUGCAAAUCCCCGAGUAAGAAGGUGCUGAAUGACAAAUGUGCACGUGUGUGUGGCUGGAGAUGUGUGUUUUUUUUUUUUAUAUAUUUGAGGCUUACAUCACUGUGGGUCAGGAUUACUGUAUAUAGCAACUUGGUGAUGCAAGUGCUAACACAAAUGCCCUCCUCAGCCCUUAUCGUUCACACCUUUAAAGUUCACCUGUUUCCCUCCACGCAAUAAACCAUCUACCAUGCAAACUAUAUUACAGUUCCACCCGUCCUCACUACAACUAUACUGUGCGACCUCGAUCAUUCAUUCGUGUCUUUCACUUUCCUUCAUUCUUCUACCUCCCCCCCCCCACCACCCUGAAGAGAGUAUUUGAGUCGAGGGGUCCCAGGAAGAGCCCAGCUGUCGGAAAUUGUAGGUUUUAUGACGCGUUGGAGGGUUCCCCUCCUGGAGACCGGCUUCAAAGAAAGCAGGGCUUCUUGAAGGGCAAAGUUGAAACUGCAUCCUCCGUUAGUCAUGCUGCCUUUCUUCCUUACAAGGCCCCAAAGUACACUAACACCCAACUGACUGCCAUCCACUGACUCCUAGCUGGACUCUCUGUGUGCCAGGAUGAAGACCAGUCGAGGCUUCUAUCUAUGUGUGUUUUAGGCUACAUGCCCACUAUUCACAUGUUAUUGGUUGUAUUCGUUGCUUCCAGUGGCGAGAGCCUGUAAAGUGUUGACACCGAGGAAUGUACUGACUAGUCAUCUGGGACUCAAGCGAAGACUUUACAGGUUUCAGACUUCUAUGGCUUUUGUGGCACUAUAAAGAAACAGCUGGGGGGCUCUUUCAGAGUUUUUGUCAGUUUCCUCUCCUCCCUGAAUGAUGGCAGUUUUGCCGAACAUUUGUUGAAUCGGAGAAAUGUUAUGAUAGCUGCCGCUGGAGCAGAAUAUUUAGGACAUGAUAAAAUUCCUGCAAGGACAAGAGGUGGUUAAGCAGUGGAGAGAAAAGAGGCUGCUUCCGCUUCCCUGCUCAAAUACCAACUAAAGAGUUAACAGAAAUCCUCUUAAGCUCUGCUGGUGUAUAAACAUCCGUUAUUUACAAGUCAUUGUUUUUUCCUUUUAAUAAAGUAGACUAGAAUGUACUUAGCAGAGAUUGGAGUGGCCAGGGAGAAAUGGCUCUUGGGCAGCGAGCGGGCCGUUGUCCUCAAAGGCCUCCAUUGUGAAGCCAGGGUCAUGGUGUCAUUGGGUGGCGUAGGCUGUAAUCUGCACUUAACCAGCACUUAACUUUAAGACCUCAAACGACUAAUGCCCCCUUAGUCCCCUUUGUCAAAAAGUUUCCUUUAACUCUGUUUCAGUAGCCGUUUGCUGAAUGUACCGCAGACAUGUUAUGUGUUUUUGCACCAGCCAAAUUAGAGUAUUUAAGAGUCAUCUCACCUGUUAAAGAAAGGAAAUUGUCACGCACUCAGUGAAUGAAUAAUCUUUGAGCAUAUUUUUUGAGGUAUGGCACCCUGUUACGCCUGCAUCUCAGCCUUCUAACAUUGUGCCAAAAUCAUUCCACAGUAUUUCUAGUUUACAGAUAGAGACAGAGCCAGUGUUUCCCCAGAUGGAUACCCUGUCUCUAAAAUACUGAAAUUAAGGGGAAAAUGUCAAUUUGAGGGUUUUCUCUUUUUUUGGUUUGUUUUUUCUGCUUAUGUAUGUUUUUAUUUCUUUGUUAAACAAAAGAUGUCUUAUUUUGGAAGCUAUAUCGAAUAGAUUUUAUUUAAGGAAAAUCUUGUAAUUUUGUAAAGUGGGCCUUAUUAUUGAUAUAUAUUAAGUAUUUGUCCAUCUUGAUUUUAAGAAUGAUAUUUUUUUUUUGCAAGAUAAUGUAUCUUCCUCAUUGUUAUUACACUCCUGGAGAGUACUUCUUCCUGUAUUUUUGUGUUUGUUAUUUUAAUGCAAGACAUUUCUCACAACCUGCAGACAUGAUGGCACACCAUAGAUCAGAGAGAGAGAGAGAGAGAGCAUUAAAGAGAGAGAGGCCAGGGUUGUGUCAUAGUCAUUGAAUAAUGAGAGCGAUGUCCAUUUUAUCAGAGCUGAGCAGGUCUGCAGUGCUGAGUGGUUCACCAUGUGUCGCCCCGAUUUUAUCGGGGACCAUUCAGUGGUCCGGCCUCUUCGCUGCUCUGUUCUCCCUCGCUCAUAAAUUCAGGGUUUGUACAUCUUCUGUGCUGUAUGUUUGUAAGUACUGCCAAAGAAAGAAGCGUGCAGGCCCCAGAAAAUACAUGUGUAUAUAAAUAUAUAUAUGUAAACGCACACAAAUAAUCUAAUAGGAAUUAAAAAACAACAUAUAGCUGGAUCUCAUCUCUUACACGCACAGAUACAAGAGUUUCAGGCCUGUACAAUCAAAUUGUUUUGUUUUUAUUUCUGAGCGUUUCUAAGUUUUUGUGUGCAGAAGAAGGAGACUGACAGACAGAGUCAAACGCAUUACUAUGUGUAAUGAAAUCAGAUCAAAAGGGUUUUUAUGAUUUAUUAUUGCUUCUCAGUGUGUCAGCAAUGCCAGGUGGACUGUGUGCGGAGGCUGUUUUUUCUUUUCUGUUUUAGACUUAAUACAUUGUGCAUGUUUUAACCUUACUGUGGCUGGCGCACUCUGCAUGUAGGUCUCUUGAAGCUGCCAACUGUACAGCGAACCAUAUGUAUUCCAAUAAAAAUAAAAACCAACCUGUUUGUAA